AUGGCUGUCGCUGAAGAUGCGUUCAAACUCCUCGGUAGAGUUGCUGAUGCUUUCGACGAUCCUUCCUCUCGCGAGUCACGCAAAGAGUUCCGCAUAAACACCAUCAAGAUACGCAGGCCCCAGACAAGUCGCUCCAGUCAGGAAAGUCAAGAUCGGCAUGCUUGCUAUGCCCGCCGUGGGCCCUCUUUCUUCGAUAUCAGCUACAUCUACGACGAUGACGAACUCGCCGAUAUGGCAUCGAUGACUGCAAACCGUUCAUGCGCAUCGUCGUCUGAGACAAUCAAAAGUCUCGCCGGAAUUACCUCGCAUGACGAUGCGUUCUAUGCCUUCGAUGAUACAAUUUCCUUGGAUGAAUCACCAUGCAGCGAAAUGACCAAGAUGCUUUCUCCCAGCAGCAGUCCGCUUGAUAGACUCAACAACCUCGCCCGUGCCGAACUCAAGAAGACCGGCUGGUUCGAGCGACCUGACCAGUGGUCCAUCGUCAACAUGGGCCUUUCAAGUCCAAUGACCCACACACGUGGACCCAUAUCUCCCCCCAAAACACCUCCAGCCACCCUCUCCCCGAUUCUCCCCUCCACACUCGCCAUCACCACCGUCCCGCUUCCAUCCUUCGCCCAAAUACCGUCCCCAGAUUCACCCAUACAGACGCAUUCCCCCGCCUCCUUCAAAGCCAGUACCCCAAACGGCAAAUACAGCUCGAGCUCGCGUGAUAGUUUUCCUGACUUCAGUACGCUAUCGUACGCCCCACGCAGCGAACCCGAGCCACCGAGACGUUUUGGUGUGAGUAGCCGCGUCAAGCAGCUUAUGAAGCGCGUCUUGCACGUUAACGUCGGCGUGCAUCCAAGCAGGAGAUCAAGACAAUCUUUGCUUGUGGGAGUGGGCUUACGGCCUGCUUCUAUGGCCGGAGGGUCUUCGGGUACGUGGGCGUUUGCUAGUAUUGGAUCUACGCAUACUCAAGCGGGGAACCGAUGGAGUGGGCUUUGGCAUUGAUGUUCGACACAGAUUCGUUCAUGAUUUCUUUAUUGCAUUCUUUUCUCAAUUACUAUAUCCAAAAUUUUCCAAGCGGU